GAGAAAACCGCUAAAACGGCAACACUGAACAACACUUAAUGCUGACGUGCCGCAUCCCGAAUUUGUUUACGUGAAAAAAUAGCUUAAAUUAACGAAUAAACUCAUCUACAAAAUGUUGGACAUACAGACGCACAUGGACUUUGUGGGCCAGGGAAAGGCAGAGCGCUGGUCCCGGCUCAUCAUCACAGUUUUCGGCGUUAUCGGCCUGAUCUACGGAGCAAUUGUCCAGCAAUUUUCGCAAACUGUGUACAUCCUGGGAGCGGGCUUCCUGCUCUCCUCUUUGAUCACCAUUCCGCCGUGGCCCUUGUUCCGUCGCAACCCUCUCAAGUGGCAGAAACCCAUCCAAACCGAUGGCUCCUCCGCCAAGUCCUCCCCCAGCUCCGAGUCCGGUGACGAGGGCAAGAAGAAGAAGAAGUAAUGGUCCUAGUUAAGCGUAAUUCGUGUAUUUCUCACACUCUAUCCAAGAAUAUAAACUAUAGCUAAA